AUGAGCAUUGGUAUGGUUCUCCACUCCCUGCGUUACCUGGAUGUGACGGUGUCAGAACCCAGCCCGGGGAUCCCUCAAUACCUGUCCAUGGAAUAUGUGGAUGGGAUCCCCAUCUGCCGCUACGACAGCGAGCGGGGCCAGGUGGAGCCGCUGACGCUGUGGAUGGCGGCCGGAACAAAGCCAGGAUAUUGGGACGGACAGACCCAGAUCGCUGAGGGGAACCAGCUCACUGAUGCCGCCAGCCUGGAGACAGUGGGGGCCGCCCACCCCCCAGGUCUCCACAUAAGGCAGCAGGGUUAUGGCUGUGACCUCCUGUCCGACGGGAGCAUCUGUGGAUCCCAUCGGGAAGCCUACAAUGGGCGGGAUUUCAUCUCCUUUGAGCUGGGAUCCAGGAGCUUUGUGGUGGCCGAUGGAGCUGCCCGGAUCACCAAGAGGAAAUGGGAACACAGUGGGGUCAUGGUGGAGAGAAAGACACAUUACCUGGAGAACAUCUGUCCGGAAGCGCUCCAGAAAUUCGUCGGAUACGGGCGGGAGGUGCUGGAGCACAAAGAUCCCCCCGAUGUCCAUGUGUCUGGGAAAGAGGAACACGGGAUCCUGAUGUUGUCCUGCCACGUCCACACGUACGGAUUCUACCCCGGGAUGAUUGGGAUCAACUGCAUGAAGGGGGAUGAAAUGCGGGAUCAGGAGACGGAGUGGGGCGGGAUCGUUCCCAACAGCGACGGCACCUUCCACAGCUGGGCCAGGAUCGAGGCGCUGCCGGGGGAGCGGGAGCAGUACCGGUGCCGGGUGGAGCACGCCGGAAUGCUGGAGCCCGGGAUCUUCGCCUGGGAGCUGGAAUCCGUCUGGAAUUCCACCCUGGUGUUCGUGGCUGUGUCUGUCAUCGCUGCCAUCAUCAUCAUCAGCCUCAUGGGAGUCGGUGUCUGGAAGCUCCGAUCCGGGAAGAGGGAAGGGAAUGGAUACGACCCCGCGCCCACCACAGGAAUCAUGGCCUGAACAAUCCUGGAGCUGGAUCCACCCCUUCCCUCUCCCUGCGGAAAGGCAGGAGCUGCUGGCAGAGCUCAUCCCUCUGCUCCCACCCACCCAGCCCCCCCUGUGGCUCUUCCCGAUGGAUCAACUUCCUGCUUUUUCCUGUGUGAAACCCAGGACCACAAUUAUUCCUGAGGCUUUAAUUUUGGUGUGAAAAUCUCCUGGUUUGGGCAAUAAAUCCUGGCUCCCUC